CUUUCUUCUUAGGAUCAGAUCAAUCUUUCCAUUAAAAGGCCACAUAUCCACUCAUCUACCCUCGCCAACGGUGCGCCGUGUACGCCCGUGUAUCAAUCAUUCAACCAAUCUGAAAAUCUGAUUCAAUUGCGCCCAAUUUUCAUGGCUUCCACAGCCUCACUUCUCGUGCCAACGCUUCCAGUCCGCUCUUCGUCUAGCAAGCCGCGCAGUUCUAGAGCUUCGCCCGCGGCUCUGACCGGCCGGAGGCAGUGGCUGCUGCUGCUGCUCACCGCUACGACGACGCUGAAGGGCACGGAGCUGCCGUCGAGAGCGGAAAAAAUCGGCCUGUUCGGCGUCAGGAAAAGAAUAGAGAAGCUGGAGGAGGAAGCGGAGCUGCUGGUGAAGGAAGGUUUCGAGAUGGCGGACAAGGGAAUUGAAGCCGCAGAGAGGGAGAUUGAAUCGGCGGAGGAAGAGAUCGAAGCUGCGGUGAGUUUCGGAGGUUUGGCGCAAGCUGGUGUGGUCGCUGGAGCGGAAUUGAUUGGAAUUCUGAUCGCCACUUCCGUCGUUAGCGGCAUUUUAGGGCCUGAAGCUAAAAAAUCGUGAUUCGUGAGGAUUGUCUUUGCAAUUGUUUUUAUUUGCUCGCAUCGUUGUACUCCCAUAUCCAAUUUUACCUUGUCCACUUCAUUGUUAGGAAAUUUCAUUGAUACUGGUUACAUUUUCUAGUUUUUUGAUCCAUAUAUUUGUGAUGUAAACCUGUUUUUCAUUGAAAUAGUUACUCUACCUGAAGUGCCUUCAAUAUAGUUUAAAUGCAAUUUUUAUAAAGGAAAAAAAUGAUAAUGAG